UUAACUUUCAAUUUCAAUUUCAAUCUAAAGAAAGAAGGAAGCAGUACUUACCAUGGGAAAUCUUGAAAGGUUUUGGCUGGUCAUCCUUAUUGCAGCACCGUUAGUAGUAAUUGUAGCAGAACCCGCUCCCAUUGCAAGACAUGGUUGUCCAGCUAGGUGUGGUAAUGUAAAAAUCCCAUAUCCAUUCGGUACAAGAGAAGGAUGUUACUACAAUGAAGAUUUUCUCAUAAGUUGCAAUAACACUUUUAGUCCCCCAUUAGCAUUCUUAGAUCAUAGUAAUAUCAAUGUCACCGACAUAUCUCUUGAGGGGAGGGUGCAGAUAAUGCAAUAUGUAGCCCAAAAUUGCUAUGAUGAGUCGGGUCAUCCAAUUAACGGCAGCAAUAACUAUGCCUUGCUACGAUUGAAGUUUAACAGUAGUUAUAUCAUCUCUGACACUGAAAAUAAGUUUGUUGCCGUUGGCUGUGAUACGAUAGCAGAGGUAACAGGUGUCGUCCAAGGAAAUAAAAGCUACACUGCAGGUUGCAAAACCAUAUGUGACAGAAUUGAUUAUGUAGCCAAUCACACAUGUUCUGGCAUCGGCUGUUGCCUGAUAUCCAUUGCCAAAGGAAUGAACCUCUUCGAAAUAACUGUGAGGAGCUACGAAAGUCAUAAAAAAGUUUGGAAAUUCAACCCUUGCAGCUAUGGCUUCGUCGUGGAACAAAGUCAGUUCGACUUUUCUCCAAAAUUGCUUCGCGAAUUGCAAAAUGUUACUAAAGUCCCUAUGGUGCUUGAUUGGUCAAUUCGGGACGUCAACGAUACAUGUGGUAAAACUAAAAAAGCAAAAGCAUGCAAAGGAAAGAGCUUUUGCGCUCCUGUUGAUGAUAAUGGAUAUCGAUGCAAGUGCUUAGAUGGUUUUGAAGGAAAUCCAUACUUACCUAGUGGUUGCCGAGACAUAGAUGAGUGUUCACCCCCUAAUCGCAAUCCUUGUAAAGGAGGUAUGAUCUGCACCAAUACAGUUGGAAGUUAUAGAUGUUCGUGCCCCAAAGGUUACCAUCUUGAAAACGGUACUGCACAAGGUUGCGUUACAAAUCAUCGACAGAACUGGAAUCUAAUUCUAGUCACUCUAGGCAAGUAUACAUGUUUUAAUCCACUUCCAAGUAGUCAUAUCUAACAUACUUUUGCAGUGUAGUUGAUUUCAACUUCAGAUUUUUAUUUCUUGCCUUGAUUUUUGUUUAAGUAAUCAAAACAGCUCUUGAGCCUAUUCCAAAUAUCUGUUUUACUUCAACCCAACAAUUACUAAAAGCAGAAUGUCCAC